GCCUGCGAGGAGGGAGGAGGAUAUCAUACGAGAAGCGCAAGCGGACGAGCUGCGGAGGAAGGAAUAGAGCAGCUCACGAAUUCCCCGUCCCUCCCUCCGUGCGCCCAUCCCCGCUCCCGCUCGCCCAGAUCCCAAACCACAACCCUAGGCGCCACCUCCGCCCCCGCCCGCCCUACGCCCGCCGGCGACCCCGCCGCCGAUGUGAUCAGGCCAGGCGCCGCCGUCGUUGACGCUCUAGCACCGGGCUUCUGUUUCCGGAGGCGGAGGCCCCGUACCGCUGCGCAGAUCGGGGAGGCGCGCGACAUGCCGGGGGACGUCGCGACCUCGCCGGCGACGGCGUCGGGGCCGCCGGCAGCCGCGUCCUCUUCGCACCAUCCCGCCACCUCCGCCCGCAGCGCCCUCUCCAACGCCGUCGCGGGCGCCUCCGCCGGCGUGAUAGCAGCGACCUUCGUGUGCCCGCUCGAUGUGAUCAAGACGAGGUUCCAGGUGCACGGCUGGCCCAAGCUAGCCCCUGGCACAGCUGGAGGUAGUGUCAUCAUUGGGAGCUUAGAACAGAUUGCUAGACGGGAAGGCUUUCGGGGAUUGUAUCGUGGUCUUUCCCCGACUAUUCUGGCGCUUUUGCCUAACUGGGCGGUCUACUUUACUGUAUACGAGCAGCUUAAAAGCAUGCUUGCUUCCAGCGAAGGAAGCCAUCAACUCUCUCUAGGGGCAAAUGUUAUGGCUGCAUCAUGUGCUGGAGCUGCAACUACAAUAGCAACAAAUCCACUUUGGGUUGUCAAGACAAGAUUUCAGACCCAAGGAGUAAGAGCUGGUGCGAUGAUCCCAUACAAAGGCACGGUUGCUGCAUUGACGAGAAUAGCACAUGAGGAAGGCAUCCGUGGACUAUACAGUGGACUUGUCCCUGCCUUGGCUGGUAUCACUCAUGUUGCCAUUCAGUUCCCUGUAUACGAGAAGAUAAAAGCUUACCUGGCUGAGCGAGAUAACACUACCGUUGAAGCAUUAAGUUUUGGUGAUGUCGCUGUUGCUUCAUCUCUGGCAAAACUAGCUGCAUCAACCUUAACAUAUCCUCAUGAGGUUGUUCGAUCAAGGUUGCAAGAGCAGGGAGCACACUCCGAGGCGAGAUACAGAGGGGUAAUAGACUGUGUUAGAAAGGUUUAUCAUGCAGAGGGUGUAGCUGGGUUCUACCGUGGAUGCGCCACAAAUCUGUUGCGGACAACUCCUGCUGCAGUUAUAACAUUCACCAGCUUCGAGAUGAUUCACAGGUUCCUUCUCAAUCUAGGCUCUCCUGAACCUGAACAACAUCAUCCCCAUCCGCUGAAGCAUUGACUGUACCAUUCCUGUGUCCUAUCCCUGCUGUCAUCUGACAAGUUGAAAUCCAGUAACUAUCAAACGACGCCAUUUCCCUUGAGGGCUCUCACAACAGAGAUUUUGGUAUCGCAACAAGUAGCUGUCAUUCAAAGCUCAAACCAUAGUGUAGGACAGGAAUUAGUACUUGUGUAUGAAUUAGUCUUGAUAGCACGCAGUGUGGAGGUAUACAGGUUGUGGGGGAAUAGUGAUAUUGGUCGGUGUGUUGUCUGAUGAUGAUGAAAAGAAAAGAAUUUUAUUGUUGGUACACGAAUAAUUGCCCUAACCUUUUUUACUUCGGGAGAUCUAUGAUCUUGUACA